AUUUGUGUUGGGUGUUUUUGAGGAUGACAACUUUAUUUUAAAGAAAUGACGAGAGCUCGAGAGCUACAUCAAAACCAAUCAAAACAGUUGACGUCAUUAUGAUGUUGAAAUGUCAUGUGUAAGGAGAACGGCCUUCUAAAUAUUUCAACACACAAGCAAAUCUCACAAAAAUCGAGAUUUUUAUAUGAAGUAUCAUGUACAGAGAAGAUAUUCAUUAAAUUAAUCCCUUUUUUAUUUAUCUACAUAAUUCACAUGCCACUCCAAGUUAUGAUUGCAAGCAAAAAGUGAAGAAUAUCUGUUCCAUUCUAACUUGGCAUAUAGUUAUAAAAUUUUUCUGAGUAAAGAUUAUUGACAUGUUUUUCUUAUGAAAUAAUGACGGAUCCUAAUGAAAAAGUGCUUCAAGAGCUGCUUAAAAAAGAUGGCAAUGGUGUAUGUGCAGAUUGCCGCACACCUAAUCCAGAAUGGUCAUCCUACAAUAUAGGUAUAUUUAUAUGCACUCGAUGCGCUGGGAUACACAGAGCUCUUGGAGCUCACAUUAGUAAAGUGAAACACUUAAAAUUAGAUAGAUGGGAAGACAGUCAAGUAAAACAUAUCAGCGAAAUAGGUAAUUUUGCUGCUCAACAAAAAUAUGAAGAACUUGUACCAAUAUUUUACAGGAGACCUGGAAUUAAUAGUCCUUAUAUUUUAAUAGAACAAUGGAUCAAAGCCAAGUAUUUGAGAAAAGAAUUUACUUCACAAUCACCAGUACAAUAUAUAUCGGGACAAAUGAGUGGAAUUUUGAUGAAGAAAGGGAAGGAUGAUAAAAAGUAUCAUCCAAGAAAAUUUGUGCUUAACGAACAAGAUGACACACUAAGAUACUACAUAAAAGAACAUAAAGAUCCCAAAGCAAUUUUACGCAUAUCAGAAAUCAACGUAGCGCUAGCCCCUCAAAAAUUCAAUCAUAAUAAUUCUAUGCAAAUAUCGUUCAUGAAAGAUGAAACAACUCGCCACAUAUAUGUUUACCACAACGAUUCAGAAGUUUUGAUUAACUGGUACACAGCUAUAAGAUGUGCAAAGUUGCAUAGAUUAGAGAUUGCUUUUCCAAGUAUGAGGGAGAACGAUCUGCUUGAACAUUUAACUGAUGAUUUCCUUAAAGAAGGCUGGUUAUGGAAAACUGGCCCUAAAGUAUCUGAUUCAUAUAAAAAGCGAUGGUUUACUUUAGAUGGUCGAAAACUUAUGUAUCAUGAUGAUAUGUUUGAUGCUCAUCCUAAAGGCGAAAUUUUUAUUGGUAACAUGUUACAAGGCUAUAGUGUAAGAAUAGGUUCGAGUGAUGGGGUUCAAGAGCAAGACUUCACUUUCACUUUAAGAACUCCUGAUAGAACAUACAAUUUAUCAUCCACAAGUGAAGCCGAUAGAGAUGAAUGGAUAUCACAAUUAUCUCAUAUUAUUGAAAAGCCCAUGAGUAAUCGGGAUUUUGCUCUUGCUGGUAAAUUCGUUGGUAGAAGUCGUUUCUUGUAAUCUGAAUAGUGUAUUUUCCCCCACAAGUUAUAUGGAGAUUUUUCACCAGGGUUUGUUAGAAAUGAUAAAGUUUUAAGUAGCUGAAGUCGCCUUACUAAUAC